AUGACAGAUCCAGACCCAGAUCCAACGACUGGCCGACAAAGACAAAGUACGUUCAAGCGAAAUGGCCAUAUAAACUAUUUCCUCCGAUGUCUGAGGGCAUUACCUACCGCUGCGCAGGGUAGCGACUCGAACAGGAUCACCGCUGCUUUCUUCUGCAUAUCCGGGUUGGACCUUCUCGGUGCGUUAGAAGAUAAGACAACGAGGGAACAGAGGGAUGGGUGGAUAGAAUGGAUAUGGUCAUUACAGGCUCCUACGGGUGGAUUUAGAGGUUCGACAUUUAUGACUACUCCUAAUGAAAAGACAUCGCCUGCACAUAUACCAUCCACAUACACCGCUCUGAUGAGCUUAGCGAUCCUUCGAGCACCCCUCAAUCGACUGGAUAUACCAGGAUUGAUCCAAUUCCUCAGAUCGUGUCAAGCGAAAGACGGCUCUUUCUCACCUGUACCAGGAGAUGAUAUCUACCCUAACGAAGGGUUCCAAAGCGACGUGCGGAUCAGUUAUUGUGCGAGUGUGAUAUCGGAUAUCAUUGGUGAUUUUGCGGGUAUAAAUAUAGAUCUAUCCAAGAGUUUCAUAGGGAAAUGCAAGACAUGGGAAGGAGCUUAUGCCUCGAGACCUGGGGUUGUCGAAGCUCAAGGCGGUACGACAUACUGCUCUCUCGCGACACUAUCAAUCCUCAACAGACACACGCAGACUCAACCUGAAUGUCAGAUUUCACCUCAAGAAACGCUCAGAUGGUUGAUAUCUCGUCAGAUAGGUGGGUUCCAAGGUAGACCAGGUAAACUGGAGGAUGUAUGUUACUCGUUCUGGUGUGGUGGAGCUAUCAGUAUCCUUGGUCAUUCAAAUCUGAUCAACCGAGAUGCAGAUCGAACUUUCCUACUCUCAGCUCAAUUCCCAUUAGGCGGAUUCGGUAAAGAACCUGAAGAUUAUCCUGAUCCAUUCCAUUCAUAUUUGGCUCUAGCGGCUUUGUCUCUCCAUCAUUCGGAACUCAAUGUGAAAGAUGAUAAUGAUGGAUUGGGGUUGAAAGCGUUGGACGUUACUUGGAAUGUAAGUCUGGGGACUGCACAAUGGUUGAAAGAUGAGAUAUCACGGGUGAAAGGCGUAUCUCAAUCGUGA